AACACAUGUUACCUUACUGCAUUUACCAACACUGUUUAAUAGUUGUUUUUUGGUAAUAUUAUCAUAUUAAAAUGUUGAAACUAGGCAAAUUUCUAGCACAAAAUGCCACUGUUGUAAACCUAGUGGGCAGACAGCAAUUUGGGGCCACCAGCCGUCUCUACUCGGCUUCACCGGAAUCUUCUGACUCGGAUUUACCAAUUGACAUAACGAAUCCCUACGAAAAGGACCCUCAGCAGUGCAUCCUCUGCAAGCACAGCAUAGAGCCACACUACAAGAACGUGAAGCUGCUUUCCCAAUUCCAGUCACCAUACACUGGUCGCAUUUAUGGGCGUCAUAUUACCGGAUUAUGCAAGCGUCGGCAGGAGCAAGUAGAGCAGGCCAUCCUGCGCGCCCAGCAGUGUCUGCUGAUGCCAGGGUAUCAUAAGGACCUCGACUUCCUGCAGGACCCUAAGCUCUUCGAUCCCGAGAGACCCGUUCGUCCGCACAAGUACUAGUUUUUUUUAAAGUUUUGAGUUUCCUUUUUGUUGCAAUGGGAAUACAGUUUAUUAAUGUUAAAUCUAA